UUCCCAUGGUACUUUGCGCGCAGGUGUCAUGGCGGCUCUCUAGGCAGCGUCAGAGCGAGUGUUUAUUAUCGUUAACAACGCGUUUUGAUUCCUUAUCGCAUGUAUGUAACAAAUCUUAAAGAUUACCUGACUUAACCACAAACGCGCUAAAAUCUCUUCAGGAAGCGUUGAAGCCUUCGAUAGGCGAUACAUGUAGUCAUAAACUACGCUACGCUAGCAGUUUUGCAUGAAGCGAGUUUAUAAACUGAGAAUAAAACGUAAUCCAGCUCGCGCUCUCGCUUAGAAACUCAAAGGAGCCCGUUUCUAUUACAAACUGAUUUUGAUAAGGAGAUUAUGAGCACACAGUACAGUAUACUAUUCAAGCAGGAGCAUGCUCAUGAAGACGCCAUCUGGACCACGGCGUGGGGUCGCAGCGAGAAAGACGGGUCAGAAACCAUAGUGACCGGCUCUUUGGACGACCUGGUGAAAGUGUGGAAAUGGUCGGAUGAGAAGCUGGAGCUGCAGUGGACGCUGGAGGGUCACCAGCUGGGUAUAGUCUCGGUGGACAUUAGUCAAAACGGAGCCAUCGCCGCCUCCAGCUCUCUAGACGCUCACAUCCGGCUAUGGGAUCUGGAGACGGGCAAACAGAUCAAGUCCAUGGACGCAGGCCCUGUUGAUGCCUGGACAGUCGCGUUUUCUCCUGACUCCAAGUACAUCGCCACCGGCAGCCAUCUAGGAAAGGUCAACAUCUUCGGGGUGGAAAGUGGGAAAAAGGAGCACUCGCUGGACACCAGAGGAAAAUUCAUUCUGAGUAUCGCCUACAGUCCAGAUGGAAAGUACUUAGCCAGCGGUGCUAUAGACGGAAUCAUUAAUAUCUUUGAUAUCGCGACUGGGAAACUCCUGCACACGCUGGAAGGGCACGCUAUGCCUAUCAGGUCUCUGACUUUCUCUCCAGACUCUCAACUGCUGGUAACCGCGUCAGACGACGGCUACAUUAAGAUUUACGACGUGCAGCACGCUAACCUGGCCGGCACUCUCAGCGGCCACGGAUCCUGGGUGCUGAACGUGGCCUUUUCUCCUGACGACACGCACUUCGUGUCCAGUUCGUCUGAUAAGAGUGUAAAAGUGUGGGACACGAGCAGCAGAUCGUGUGUGAACACAUUCUUUGAUCAUCAGGACCAGGUUUGGAGUGUGAAGUACAACCCCACAGGCUCUAAAAUCGUGUCUGCGGGUGACGACCGAGCCAUCCACAUUUACGACUGUCCCAUGUGAAUAGUCACAGCCUCUCCAGACCGUAGCAUCAACGCAAAUGCUUUUUUUAUUUCAUUGCCGACUUCAACAUCUGCAUAUGGCGAUACCAAUAAAUGUUUCGUUUUUUUUUUUAAA